GGGCCCGGAGGCAGCGGCGGCGGCGGCGGCGGUGGCCGCGGCGUCUUUAGCGGCUCCCAGUGCAGGAUGGUGCUGGAGGCGGCGGCGGCGGCCGUUGUGGCGGCGGUGUCGUUGGCGGCAGCGGGAGGGGGUGCUGUGGCGGCAGCGGCGGCGGCGCCCGCGGGUGGUAUAAAAUGGCGGAUUUCGAGGAGUUGAGGGAUCUCCAGUACAAUGUUGAAUAGAAGCGGUGAUGGGGGCAUCCUGAUCUUGUUCCUGAUUUUAAAGGGAAUGCUAUCAGAGUUUCACAAGUGGCUGUACCAUUUUACACCCCUACCAGCAAUGUAUGGAGUGAUCCAGUUUUUCUGCAUCCUUGCCAGCAUUUGGUGUUACCACUGUUUUUGAUUUUAGCCAUUCUGAAUAUGGUUUCUAGUUUUAGGGUUUCUGAACUACAAGUGUUACUAGGCUUUGCCGGAAGGAAUAAAAGUGGACGCAAGCAUGACCUCCUGAUGAGGGCGCUGCAUUUACUGAAGAGCGGCUGCAGCCCUGCGGUUCAGAUUAAAAUCCGAGAAUUGUAUAGACGCCGAUACCCACGGACUCUUGAAGGCCUUUCUGAUUUAUCCACAAUCAAAUCAUCGGUUUUCAGUUUGGAUGGUAGCUCCUCACCUGUAGAACCUGACUUGGCUGUGGCUGGAAUCCACUCGUUGCCUUCCACUUCAGUUGCACCUCACUCGCCGUCCUCUCCUGUUGGUUCUGUGCUGCUUCAAGACACUAAACCCACGUUUGAGAUGCAGCAGCCAUCUCCCCCAAUCCCUCCUGUUCAUCCUGAUGUGCAGUUAAAAAACUUACCCUUUUAUGAUGUCCUUGAUGUUCUCAUCAAGCCCACGAGUUUAGUUCAAAGCAGUAUUCAACGGUUUCAAGAGAAGUUUUUUAUUUUUGCUCUGACACCUCAACAAGUUAGAGAGAUAUGCAUAUCCAGGGAUUUUUUGCCAGGUGGUAGGAGAGAUUAUACAGUCCAAGUUCAGUUGAGACUUUGCCUGGCAGAGACGAGUUGCCCUCAAGAAGAUAACUAUCCCAAUAGUCUCUGUAUAAAAGUAAAUGGGAAGCUGUUUCCUUUGCCUGGCUAUGCACCACCACCUAAAAAUGGGAUUGAACAGAAGCGCCCUGGACGCCCUUUGAAUAUUACAUCUUUAGUUAGAUUAUCCUCAGCUGUGCCAAACCAGAUUUCCAUUUCUUGGGCGUCAGAAAUUGGAAAGAAUUACUCCAUGUCUGUAUAUCUUGUACGACAGCUCACAUCAGCCAUGUUAUUACAGAGAUUAAAAAUGAAAGGUAUUAGAAACCCUGAUCAUUCCAGAGCACUAAUUAAAGAAAAACUUACUGCGGAUCCUGAUAGUGAAAUUGCUACCACUAGCCUUCGGGUGUCCUUGAUGUGCCCUUUAGGAAAAAUGAGGCUGACAAUCCCAUGCCGUGCAGUGACUUGUACACAUCUACAGUGCUUUGACGCUGCCCUUUAUCUGCAAAUGAAUGAGAAGAAGCCCACCUGGAUUUGUCCUGUGUGUGACAAAAAAGCUGCCUAUGAAAGUCUAAUUUUAGACGGGCUUUUUAUGGAAAUUCUCAAUGACUGUUCUGAUGUGGAUGAGAUCAAAUUCCAAGAAGAUGGUUCUUGGUGUCCAAUGAGACCGAAGAAAGAAGCUAUGAAAGUAUCCAGCCAACCAUGUACAAAAAUAGAAACUGCAGGUGUCCUCAGUAAGCCUUGUUCAGUGACUGUAGCCAGUGAGGCGAGCAAGAAGAAAGUGGAUGUCAUUGACCUAACAAUAGAAAGCUCUUCUGAUGAAGAGGAAAACCCUCCUGCCAAAAGGAAAUGCAUCUUUAUGUCAGAAACACAAAGCAGCCCAACCAAAGGGGUUCUCAUGUAUCAGCCAUCUUCUGUAAGGGUGCCCAGUGUGACUUCGGUUGAUCCUGCUGCUAUUCCGCCUUCAUUAACAGACUACUCAGUACCAUUCCACCACACGCCAAUAUCAAGCAUGUCAUCAGAUUUGCCAGGUUUGGAUUUUCUUUCCCUUAUUCCAGUUGAUCCCCAGCAGUACUGUCCUCCUAUGUUUUUGGAUAGUCUCACCUCACCCUUAACAGCAAGCAGUACGUCUGUCACCACCACCAGCCCCCAUGAAAGCAGUACUCAUGUUAGUUCAUCCAGCAGCAGGAGUGAGACAGGGGUCAUAACCAGCAGUGGAAGUAACAUUCCUGACAUCAUCUCAUUGGACUAAAGGAGGACUCACUCGAUUCUAGGAAUCAUUCAUUAAAACUGCUCUUUCUUGGAUCUCUGGUCCGUGGAAGCUAUUUUUUUGGUAACAAUUACUUUGAUAUUUAUUGAAGUGUCAGAUGGACUCUUUUGCCUUCUGAGAGAUGAACACAGAUGACUGCAGCAAGAACCACAUGACAUGCGAGGAUUUUUCUUAUUCAUGCUGUACUCUGAGCAUCAGAUACAUUGAGCUGUAACUGCAUCUUCUUGAGAGAUGGAUUUCAAUUUCAUAUGUUACUGGUUGGAUUCUACAAAUCAGUUAAAAUUUUUUUUGUUGUAAUAAACAGCAAUAAAGUUAUGUAAAUAUUCAAGUAAACUUUUUUCUAAUUAAAAGAUGUAAUCAAUGAUUCUGAAAUGACAAGUUUUGUUUAAUCUGAUGUGAAGGAAAAAUAUAUGGAAAGAAGUUACGUUUGCCGAAUGAGUCCUUUCCAUGGAGAUUUGUUCUAUUUCGUUGAAGUAAUGAAGUCUUGAUAAGUGGCCAAAGCUUGGGUUCCACUUUUCUUCCUGCAGUUCCACUUUUCUCCCUGAUUCCAUCAAAGAAAAAUGGCCUUUGUGUUAAGCAUUUUCCCCUGGUUGUUGUUUACAUUUUGGUAUUGUGUGCUGAUGAAUGCAGAGUGAAGUUCUGGGAUUUGGCUGUUCUUUAUUAGUGAUUAUGUUGAAGAAACCCUAUGCAGAGUCUGCCCUGACGUAAUGUGUGUUAUUUUGGUAAUCGUACAUUCUUAUUCUAGAGGUUUCUAUAAAUUGGGGGCUUACCUUCUCAAAAAAAAAUUCUCUGCAGCCGUCAGAUGAAAUGUUUUUAGAUUAAGGUGUAGGCUGAAAUGUUUGUUAGAAUUUUGUUCUCACUGUCUAGAAAUAUUAAGAGGUUGGAGGCAGUGGAAGAACAGAUUUAGGGGCGGUGGGAAUAGCAAAGUUUAAUUUCUUCCUAAGAACUUCUUUUGCUCAUUUAUUUUACAGGAUAAUGUACAGAUCUGUGUUGAAACUUUUCAGUUUAGUAACACUGACAAAGAAAAUAUGUUUUAGAUCUCAUUUUUCUCAUAGCAGUGAUUUUCAAACUUAAAGAACAAACAGUAGCAAGGGGAUGGGGAUGGCAUCAGAUUUCCCUUUCCUUUUUUUUAAAAGGAAAUCUUUCCUGAAGCCACAAAAGACAAAACAGAAUUAGAAAUGUUUGAAUAUAAGAAAGGUUUGAAGAGGAGAGGAUGGGCCUGAAACCCACUUUGAAAACUACUCUCUUACUGUGUGUUUGGUUUUAAAAUCUCUCAGAAAACUGUUUUACCCUUAGAGAAACAUUUUUAUCCAAAUUUUAUACUUUGCUUUCAUUUGGCUGCAAAAUUUUGAGUUCUGAAGGAGUUAAUACUUCCCUAAUAUUUAGCUUUCUCUCCCUAAGCUGUAUCUACUUUAAAAAUAAACCUGUGUUAAAAAUGAUUAAUCUAACUGAUUUCUCAAACUGAAGUGCCCAGAUGAAGAGUCCACCAAUUUCAGUUAGGAUAGGGAACAAUCUGGGUUGGUGCAACUCCAGGGAGCUGACUUGUUACUGCUUGGUUUUUCACACCUUCUCAAGUUCUCAUGCCCACCCCCCCGUGCUCUUUUUGUACUCAUUUAAUUUCAUGUGAUUUUCUACAUCAUCCCUUCUUUGGCUGCAUUAUCCCCUUAAUGAAUUAUCCCUUUUGGAGAGUUACAAGCAUGGGAGACGAACCUGAAUCUUCUUGCAGUAGUUGCAUCAUAGUUGCCAGUUUUACCUUCUUAGUCCACGUUACAGUCGAUUGGUCCAGAUACAGAAUUUCUUCCUAGUAAAAUUUUAUGUUGCUGCUCUAAAUAUGGAUGCAAGUUCUGUUAACUCUGUAAUCAGAUAGAAAAAGUAGCCUGAUUUGUGUGGUAUAAUUUGUUAAUAAAGAAAUGCUGUAUAUUUGUUAUCACUUUGUUACCCUUUAGAUGCUCAGAGACCCUCCCCUCCCCAAUUUAACCAACAAAGUUUUAUCAGGUAAAUGAAAAAAAUUAAUAGAAAUUAGUUUAUUUACUUGGUUCUUGUAAAUGAUACCUCUGUGCUUUUAUAGUUGUGCUUUGUUUCCUUUUCACUGUUUUAUGUGAACAGUUUUAUUGUUCAUUUUUGGUGCUUUACACUGAAUUACAUAAAUAUUUAAUUUAUCUCAUACAGGUGACUAACAUUUUUUAAAAUAUACUUUUAAGUUUAUAAUCUUAAAAUUGAGACUUUUGCGUAUGUAUAUUUGAAGGUGAGUACUUUUCUUUAUGCUUUUGGCCCUGUGACAAUAGCAUGCUUAUUAAGUCAUUGUCCUUUUUUUAGAAUGGUCACUAAAUAUUUUUUACUAAGGCUCUGAUUUUGUAACAGUUUCUUUUACUAGUCCAGAUAUCUGCUCAACCAAGUGUAAUUCAGUUUCAGAGGAGGUCAUCUAUAGCUGUUACUUAGAUGUCAGCCAACCAGUGAUUAUGUUUAAGGAAAGGAACUGCAGUUAUUAGUCUCUUACAAACACUUAGCCAACCUGUAUUUCUAUCUUUAUUCACAUAGAAAUGUUAAAGGAUUUCCUUGCUUUGGUAACUCGUGGCAAUGUAAUGGGUGCUGAAUGUAGCUUCACGCCUAAGGUCUUCUUACAUUCACUGACUUUCUGACCCUUAGGUGAGCCGCUUUAGGAUUCUGUUUCCAUUUCUGCCCAGAAGGUAUAAAUUCUUGGCAUCUGUCAUGGAAUAAUUACAAAGGCCAAACAAAACAGUAGAAUCAGGAAAGCUAGAAUGAAAAUAUCAUGAUUUGGUGAAAGAGUGUGAGUAUAAAUAAGGAGAUCCAUAACUCUUGGUAUAAAACAAGUUUCCCUAGGGUAGAAACUUAAAGAAUUUGAAGAAAGGUAAGAUGUUGGAUUUUAGAUGAAUGAUAUUCAACAGAGACUAUUCUAUUCUGACUUUGGAUUCUGACCUUUGAACCAUUCUGCCUUCAGACGAGUCUUGGACAUCCGUCAUUUAGUAACCGAGUUGUCUACUUUUCUUCUGCCAAAAAAGUAUUUAUUGUUACAUUUUGUCUUUUUAAGUAAAGUUGAAUUUUAUAAAGCAUUA